CAAGUUUUUCUCCAUUCAGUUCGGAUCGGUCGGUUGUGAAAGCGAAAUGGUUGUAACUUGUGAUAUACAAUUCCAUCAGAAUGAGUUCGGCACUUAUUUUUCCGGUCAACUGGUGGAUGGAUCGGUGGUGUUAAAGGCAGAUAAGCCAAAAGACGUGAAAGCUGUGAUUUUGAACAUAUCCGGAUUCGCUAUUACAAAAUGGCGUGAAAAAAGAUUUAAUAAAAAGCGAACUUAUUUCGGACGUGAAGACUAUAUGGAAUCGAAAACUUUUUUGAUGGGAUCAGAAACAAGUCAAAAGUACACCAUACAAUCAGGCAUUCAUACAUACAAUUUCGCCUGCAAGCUACCAGAAAACUGUCCGACUUCAUUUGAAGGCCUGCAUGGCUGUAUAAGAUACAUAGUUAAGGUGACGCUGGUUAUACCUUGGAAAUUCAAUCAGACCUACUCACGAGGAUUUACCGUCAUGAAAAUGCUCGACCUUAACUACGAAUCGCCACAAUUAAAGAUUCCAUCUACCUCAGAGAACUACCGAUCGUACUGUUGUGGUCCCUGUAAAACUGAACCACUCAAAGUGCAAGUACAAUUGCCACAAACCGGCUAUGUGCCCGGACAGCGCAUCCCUGUCAAUGCAUUGGUUAUUAACAACACCAAGAUACCAGUAGCUGAGGUGCACUACGCGCUUGUCAUGGUUGUACGCUAUUCUGGUCAAGCGGUACAACAGAACUCAUGCCUGGAACGCAUUACUAUGACAACAGCAAAGGGAGGGUCUGUACUACGCAACUGCACACGUUCGUUGACGCAAGAGUUGCUUGUGCCGGCCACACCACCAACGUGCUUGCGUUCUUGCGGCAUUAUACGCAUAACCUAUCAGGUGGAGGUUGAGGCGCGCAUGAAGGGCUGGUAUUCUAGUCAAACGAUUACGAUACCCAUACUAAUUGGUAAUGUGCCGCUGUGGCAAACGCCACCGGUCAUACAGCAGCAGCCACGCAGCAGUCGUAUGCCGAUUGUCAGUGAAGAAGUUAUUUUGGAAGGAGAUGAAAAUGCAGUGGAUUGCUUUAAGGUUGAAGAAGAGGUUGGGAAAGGCGUUCAAAAUGAGCGCGAAAUUUCAGCGGUGGACGUGCAGUCGCCAGUGGAUCUUUAUCCGGAAUUGCCCCCACCAUCCUACGAAGAAUCUUCACAUACUUUACGUGGCGAUAUAAACGAGGAUGACUUGCAUGCUUUCGGACCCUGCGAAUUUGCACCACUCUAUCCCGUUUAUACAUUACCGUUGACUCUGGCGCCAACAGCUCCCGUAACACCUGAGCCAACUCGCGAUGGAUAUAUAAACCAAAAUUUUCAAAAUGAUAAAAUGUAAAUGAAAUCCUGCGAGUUCAUAUAUGUACAUAUCUAGAGAUAGUGAAUUUUAUUCGCCGUCUGUUCUGUGUUAACAGUUCAUGUAACAGUAUCUUCUCGAUAAUCGCUACUCGCGAUCACUGUGAAAACUGAAUAUCGGGACAGUUGAAAGUAUUUUUGUGGCAAUAUCGCCGAAAAUCUCAAACUUAAGAUCACUCCCGUUUAUGUUUUUUUGAAGCGCUGGACCGGCGAUUUAACAUAAAACUACAAUGUAAGAUCUUAUUUUUUACAUUUCUUCCCUAUAUCCGUGACGAUUUCUUCAAUAAUUAAAUAAAUAAACAUAGCAAAUAUAUGUAAAUACAAUAUAAUAUAUAAAUUUGUGAUUACUAUUUAAGCGUUUUCAUUACUACGUGCGAAAACCAAGAAAAAAAAAAUGAGCUCUGAUCUUUAUUAGUUGCGAUUAUCGAGAAGGUACUGUGCUUAUGUAUAUAGUACAUUUAUUUGAAGAUAUGUUUAAUCUAAAUGUACAUAGUUACCAAAGAAAUAAAUAAAUUAGUGUUUUUCUAAUGAAAAAUAAAUUAAAA